UCAUUCAUACGGUGCUUUUCCUAGUACGCGUUAUCCUGUUGAAACAUUACGUGAUUUUUCUUCGUAAUUUCAAUCGCUCGCGAACCUCGUUUUCGGUACGAAAUACGAAUUCGUAAUUUUCAAGUUCACGUGGUUUUCCUCUUUUGGUUGUUUUUAUUAAUUUUUUUUUCAAAUAAUUUUUUUCAAUUUUUUUUUAGGAUAAUUUAUUUAUUUUUUUUGAAAAUCUUCGUUCGAAAAAAGUACGGUUAUUAUUCCAUCCAGUCAUGAUAUUCCAACAAUUCGAGUGGAUCGAAAGCAACAUUAAAGAUACAUUAAAAAACGUUUUAAAAAUUGAAAAAAUUUAUCCUUCAAGUGUAUACUACGUUGCUGAAAAAUAUUUCUAGAUUAAGACAACCAUAUACCAAAAAUUCUACGUUAACCAAGAAAUUCUCUACCUUCACUUAAAUUUCAAAUUCCACAUCGUCGCAGCAACAAAUCAAAAAACCCAUUUGAAUCGUCGAUUCGAUGAAUAUAAAUGACAAAAAACUGCAUAGUAUGUCGCAAGUGGCGCCAGCAAAAUCAGAUAAAGGCUGAGAUGGAGAGUACCUCCAGAUAAAGGUGCAAAUUCGCCGAUAUGACAUCCGAUGAUCAUCAUAGGGCCAAUAUGGUGCAAUUCUGGCAAUAUAUAAGCAACUGCACCGAAUCUUUCUCACCGAAUGAUUCAUUUCACGAGAUAAUGCGUAACUGCUCUUCCAACUACCAUGAUUUUUACGAGCCAAUGAUGAAGCCAGAAGAAUUGCUAUACGAUGUGCCCUCCGAGAUAAUAAUUUUACUGUCAAUAUUCUACGGAACGAUAUCAGUUGUAGCUGUGGUAGGCAAUUUUCUAGUGAUCUGGAUAGUGACGACGAGUCGACGAAUGCAAAACGUCACCAAUUGUUUUAUAGCGAAUUUAGCCUUAGCAGAUAUUGUGAUCGGAUUAUUUGCCAUACCUUUUCAGUUUCAAGCAGCUCUAUUGCAGCGUUGGAAUUUGCCUCAUUUUAUGUGUCCGUUCUGUCCAUUUGUACAAGUGCUUUCGGUUACCGUCAGCAUUUUCACCUUAACUGCCAUCGCGUUGGAUAGACACAGAGCGAUACUCAACCCUCUAAGAGUUUACCCUUCGAAGUACCGUGCCAAGGUUUGCAUAGCUUGUAUAUGGAUAGUGGCAUUCUUCAUAGCUUCACCGAUGGCUUUGGCGUUACGAGUCGAAUACAUAGAAUACUACGAUCCAAUGGGUCGAAUACAUACGAAACCAUUUUGCUACAAUACCGAACUACCGAACGAUGUGAUGUUAAGUUACCGAGUUCUUAUUUUAUUGCUACAGUACAUCGUACCUUUAUGCAUAAUAUCUUGCGUUUACGCUCGAAUGGCUUUACGUUUAUGGGGCUCACAUGCGCCUGGGAACGCGCAAUUCAUUCGGGAUGCGACCCUGAUGAAGAACAAGAAAAAGGUUAUCAAGAUGUUGGUAAUUGUAGUAGCGUUGUUCGCAUUCUGCUGGUUACCACUGCAAACUUACAUGGUGUUGCAGGAUAUAUUUCCUAGUAUUAAUAAGUACAGAUACAUCAACAUUAUAUUUUUCUGCUGUGACUGGCUCGCGAUGAGUAAUAGUUGUUACAACCCGUUUAUUUAUGGUAUAUAUAAUGAAAAAUUCAAACGCGAAUUCCAACAAAGAUUCCCAUUCAGAUCACGUAAAUGGAGAUCAUCAACAGUUGAAAGUAUAGAAACAGAAAAAACAUUAGUGGCUGGAAGGCCGUCGGUCCGCUCAACAACUACAACUAUCGAUUGGCGAUCGAACAAUUUCAAUAAUCGAUCCACAUACGGUCGAAAUAACAUUAACGAUAAUUAUUUAAACGUGAAAAAUACUCGAAAAAAUCCUAAAUACAAAGACAAAGACAUGUACGUGUUACAAUCUGCUCGAGGAGGCACAAUGGUGCGAUGUGCUAGUGAAUCCGAAUACGAAGAAUUGUGCUUAUAAAUUAUUAUUACCUAUAUUGUAUAUUUUUCUGUUUUGUUUUGUGAAUUUUUGUUUCAAUUUCUUUUUCUUUUUUUAAACGGCGAUGCUCUCCAUUGCUUUCCUUUUCUGUCUUUAAUUUUUUUUGUCAACGUUACUUUUUAAAAAUUUCUAGAAGGUUGUUAGGUGAAAUUGAUGAAAAAAAUUACGUUUUUUAAAUGUAACUAGGUACCUAUAAUGCGAUAAUUCGCCAAAUUGUGGUAUUUUUUAACUGUACUAUACAUGUAUUUCUUCCUUUAUACGCGUGAGCUCAUGUGGAUGAUCUGUUGUAUUCGUAUUAACGAAUCAUCUGCAAUUUAAAUGUUUUUGUAAAAUGGCGAGUAAAAGACAUAUUCCUGCAUUCGAAGUCACUCCAACGAUGAACAAGCAAAGUUUAAUUUAAAUUCAAUUUUUUUUUAUAUACGAUGUUAAGCCAGCCGAAGUAUAAAAAUUUGUUUGUGUUAUUUUUAAUAUUUUGUUGUAUUACAAAAUAAAAUUUCAAGAAUUCGA